AUGGGAUUCAAAAAUAAUCUUGUACGACAAUUAAUUUGUUAUAUAUGGACAUUAUGUUGUAUGAUCGAAUCUAAUCGAAUAUCACUUGAAAUUAUAAGUUAUAAUACAAGACGUGAACAUUUUUCAUUAUCACCAAUUGAUUUUGAACAAAAACCAAUUAAUAUUGAAUCAUUAAAUGAACGAGAUGUUAUUGUUUUUCUUCUAUUAUGUGCUCAACAAAAUAUACAUUUACAUGGUGGUAAUUCAACAUUACAUCCAUAUUUACUUUUUUCAUUAUCUCAUCUAUGUACACAACAACAAAAAAAUUGGUGGCAAACAGCUAUGGAACAAACUUCAUGGAAUGAAUUUAUUGAUCAUCUUGCUACAAUACGUCUUGAUGAUGAACGUAGAUAUCAAUAUCCACCAACACUAAUCAUACUUGAAACUGCUCGAAUUCUUUUAAAAUCAGCUCAAAAUUCUUAUGAGCAUCAUGCUAAACGUGCUGCGUUAUCUUAUGAACAAUAUGGAAUACAAUAUCUUCAAAUAGCUAAAACAAAUCAAAAUAAUCAGGAAUUAUCAGAUUCACUUAAUAAAACAAAUAUUCAGGGAAAUAAACAAGAUAAAUUAUUUUUCUUCUAUUCUCAAAAAACAAUAAAUACUAAUCAAAAAUAUGUUGAACAAUUAAUUGAAGAAUGUAAAAAACUUGUUCAAAAAUGUGAUGAAUUAAAAUUAUUACCCGAACCAAAACCACCAAGAACAUCAAGUCCAACCAAAGAACAACAAAAAGACACUGAUAUUUCAGUUGUUUUGAGUCCUGUUGUUGUCGAAAAAGAAGAACGAACACAUCCAGAGGUUAUAGAUUCAACAUUAUUUGCUACACCGCCAUCAAUUAAAACUCGUGAUGUUGAUGUACAAACAUGUACACCAUCACCGUCACCGUCACCAUCUCCGCCGAUUGUUACAAUUGCGCCAAUUGAAGAAAUAAUUGAAACAUCUGAACCACCAUUGCCAUCCUAUGCCAAUAUGAUAUUUUCUCAUAUGAAUGGUGUUAAUCAAUGGAUAAAUAAUUUUUGUCUUGAUCAUGAAAUAAUUCAAAAUGAUAUUAAUAUAAUACGAGAUCGUCUUGAAAAAAUGAAUCGAUUAACUAGUCAGAUGAUGUUUUCAAAUAUGAAAAUAUCAUCAUCAGAAAUAAAUGAAAAUCCUGGUGGAUUUUAUUCAUCACAUGAAACAUAA